AUGAAGAUCUCUAUAGCACCCAUACUUUUAUCAACAUGGUUCACUCUACUGACCUACAGAUUCCUAGACUUUGCAAGAAAAAGGAGAAAACAGAUACAAAUUCUUCGCUGUGACCUCAUUGGCGAACUACCGGACUGUCUCCUCAUCUCCAUCCUCACUCGACUUCCAGUCAAGGACACUAUCCAAACCAGCGUCUUGUCCAAACGCUGGACCACCAUUUACAAAUUUGUCGUACACCUCAACCUCGACUUUCGCUGCCAUCAUCUCUUUCACCGUAAUCAUUACUUAUUCGAUAUGGUCCAAGCAUAUCUUCUCGUUUUCUGUUGUUGUCUGAUUAAGUCACACAUGUCGUUUUCUGACAAUGGAGCUGCUUUCUGGGAAUUCCUUAAGUACCUUGGAAACAUCAACACAGCCGAUGUUAAGAAACUCGUUGUUCGAUGUUGUUGUUCUCUGCCAAAGCCCUGCUUUUACUAUUCGUUCUGUGCUUAUUCGCUUUGUAGUUGCCACUACAUUCUUUACUGUAUGCCUGGCUUGAGGUACUUGGAGGUUAACUCAAGCAAGGAAUUUUUGCCCGAAUUUUAUACAAAUAAUAUGUCCCUACGGAAUCUGAGGUUGAGUAAAGUUACUCUAGUCGACGGUGCACUAGACCUCAUCCUGUCGGCUUGUUUGGGCCUCUGUUCGUUGAGGAUGGAUUACUGUAAGUUUUCUAGUCCUACAUUGCUUAUCCGUGGGCCCAACCUUCGACUGGAGCAUCUCAAAAUCGAGGAGUGCAUACGGGUGAAGGAGAUCGAGCUGUGUGCCAGUAAUCUUGUUACGUUCGAGUUCAAGAGCAGCAGAAAAAUAAUCGAGCUCACGUUUGAUCAUGUCCCUCGUCUGGAGAGCAUGUCUUAUGAUGGCUUUCAACGAGACGUUAUGUAUCAAGUUUGUGUUAGACUUCCCUCUGUAUUGCCGCCCAAUCAGCUCAAGUCGUUAACUUUGGCUAGCGAAUAUGAUAUUAAUCGAGCUAGCACGUUUGGUCUGAUUAACACAUAUAGUAACCUUAGACAAUUAAGGUUGCAGCUUUCUCAUACAGCCUACACGAAUAUGCUUCUGGGGAUAAUUCCACUUCUGCAGAGUUGCCCGCUCUUACUCGAGUUUCACUUGGAUACUGAAUUUGUACAAGAUGAUGGACCUAAAGCAAUGAGGCCACAGAAUGCAGAAACUCAUUCACAGUUGAAAAGAGUGGAAAUAACAGGAUUUUGUGGAUAUAGAAACGAGAUCGAAUUUGCAUUGUACAUACUCGAAAAUGCAGAAUGUCUCGAGCAAAUGCAGAUAAGCCGCUGUCCCAAUUGGCACUUUAGGUUCGGAAGGUCGGUUGAGCGCAAACAUAAACCUCGGUGGAGUCGACAUACGAGGGAAGAUAUCCGCCAACAAUUGCAAGGCCGUGCACUUUCAGAGACUGCACGAGUAAUUAUUCAACAUUUUCCUGCUUACAAUGAUACUUGGUCGAGACACGAGACUGAUUAUGAUAGUCAUUGUCCUUGA